AUGUCUGACAACGAGUCGAUACAUUUCUCCACAGAUGAAGCAAUUCUCCUAUCUCCUGGUCGAGAAUGCUUUUCACCCAAGCAUCCGCGUCUGCGGGCUCUAAACACGAUCAUUACCAAUGAAGGCACGCUCGCCGAAGCAGCUUCCAGUGGGAUAUUCUCUGUGCAUCCAGACGAUCUCAUCCUCUAUUACGGCGUGAAUGGUCCCAACUCCAAGCCAGAUCGUAUCGACUUCAUGUCUCACACAGACGGCGAGAUUCAGCGCCUAUUCCAAGCAUGCGAGCCUGCGACUUUCGGGUGCAACCAGCAGGACGUCUUUAACAAAUCCUAUCGCAAGGCAGGCAAGCUCGACAGGAGAAGCUUUGCGUCAACAUUCGACCCCGAUCGCUCGGGCCUGAUGCGAUCCAUCAGCGAUGUUCUUCUCCAGGGGCAUGGCCCGAGAACCAUGCUGCGAACAGAACUCCACAAGCUGAAUGUCUAUGACAAGUCCCGCAGCAGCCCUGGAUUGUUCUUCAAGGCCCACAAGGACACAAUGCGGGCUGAGAAUAUGAUGAGAUCCCUCGUCGUCAUGCUUCCCACGCAGCACAAAGGCGGCACCUUCGUUUUGCACCACCAUGGGCAAGAGCUCAAGUUCGACUCAUCCGAGGCAUUCUCGCAAGUUUCUUCUACUUCUGUCGCCUUCUCUGCUUUCUACGGUGACGUAGAGCACAAAGUGGAGCCGGUGCAGUCGGGAUAUUGGGUCACGCUCACCUACAACCUCUACAUGGUCAGUUCGAAGAACAAGGGCGCCCCUGAGAGCACACCAUUUGAGGAGGCCCUGAAGGAAGCCUUCAACGCACUCCUAAACGAUGCCAACUAUCUGUCUGGCAGUGGACACAUUGGGUUCGGUCUGCGGCACGAGUAUGUGGUGUAUGAUGACCCAUUCGUGUUCCAGGAGUCGCUGAAUGCUUUCUUCGAUUUGCUCAGCGGAGCGCUCAAGGGCAAGGACGCGGUGCUGGCCAAGGUGUGCCGGGACCUUGGUCUCAAGGUGACGCUGCAGAUGAUCUACCACGGCGACUGGGAAAUGAUCGUGAUGUGCCCGUGGGUCGCCGGUUCAGAAUGUUACGAAGACGAGUACCCGUUGGACCACCUGCACAAGUUCUACUAUGGGAAGGUCAUCAGCGUCAACCGCGAAUGGCACGACAGCGAGAACAUUCUGAAACGGGAUCUUGCCGUGUGA